AUGUCUAAUUUUCACCAAAACGAAAUUCCAAUGUAUGAUGAAUUCGAUCCUGAUAAUUUGGAUAUGGAUGAUAUCAUAAGAAGAAGAUGGAAAUCAAAGAGAGGAAAAGUCGUUGGAUUCUAAAAAAAUAAUAGCUUGCCACCUUUUAAAAAAAGAUUUUUAGAUGUAAAAAUUAUGCUCAAUUUUCAGCCAGAAUAGUAGGCAAGACAACCAAUGUCAGAAAAAGUCAAAGAAUUCCUGAAAGUAAACGAAAUCGCCAUAAAAGCAAUUGAUGGUCAACCUUGCCCUUAUCCAUUUCUAACAUGGGCAAGUACAUAAUUUCCUCCCCAAAUUUAAAAUGUAAUCGACGGACUCAAUUUUCGAGCUCCUACUCCUAUUUAAUCUGUCGGUAAUAUUUAAUUAUUAAAAAUAUAGUUUUCCCAUUGAUUUUAAGCGGAUACGACCUUAUUGGAGUUGCAGAAACGGGAUCAGGCAAGACAUUCGGAUAUUUGUUGCCUGGCCUUAUUCAAAUUAAAUGCCAAGAUUACGGAUCUAAUUUUAGGGAUAGGAUAAAUGGCCCUGAAAUACUUAUUCUAGCCCCAACUAGAGAAUUGGUUAUGCAAAUAGCAUAAUAAGUAAGUCUAUUUAUGAAGCCCAACAAUUUAACUGUUGCAACUGCAUAUGGUGGAUAAAAUAGAGAUUAAUAAGCCUAAUAAAUAAAAAGAAAUCCUCAUAUCUUGGUUGCUUGUCCCGGUAGAUUGAAGGACUUUUUGCAAGAAGGAAUUUUAGAUUUAGCGAAGGUGACUUAUCUAGUAAUCGACGAAGCUGAUCGAUUAUUGGAUAUGGGAUUUGAAGAUGACGUUAGAUAUAUAGUUUAAAGAACCAGAUAGGAUAGACAGACUGUUUUUUUUUCUGCAACUUGGCCUAAGGCAGUAAGGAAUUUAUCACUUGAUUUUUGUGCAGAGAAUCCAAUAUAUGUUCAAGUGGGUAGAUCGAAUCUUACCGUAAAUAAAAACAUAGAUUAAGAAAUCAUUUGUUUAUAUAACAAUCAAAAGUUAUAGACUUUAUUAGAUAUUUUGGAUCAAUUGAAAAUUAAUGACAAAGUUCUUAUCUUUGCAGAAACGAGAAUUAGUUGUGAAUAACUAUCUGUUGAUAUGACUUAGGAGGGAUAUUACGCAGUCGCACUUCAUGGAAAUAAGACAUAAGGUCAAAGAGAUUCCAUUAUGGAAUGCUAUAAGAAGGGAGACACAAAGUUACUGUGUGCCACUGAUUUAGCAUCGAGAGGGUUGGAUGUAUCUGAUAUCACUGUUGUGAUCAACUAUGAUUUUCCCAAAUAUUUUGAUGACUACAUUCAUAGAAUUGGUAGAACUGGAAGAGCAGGUAGAAAAGGAAGAGCCAUUAGUUUUUUUGCUAUUGGAAAAGAUUAACCCUAAAUGGCAAAGGAGUUAUUGAAGUUUGAUAAAAUAAAUAAAAUGAAAUUAGAUGUAUAAACCAUGUAAGAUAUAGCCAAUGGAAUAAGUAAUUAUUAACCUUAUAAAUUAUAGAAUUGGAAAGAAAUAAUAAUUUUCAAGGUGUUGCCAAAUAUGGUGGUUAGAUAAUGACUCAUUAAAACAAUUCUAAAUUUGUUGUUCCUAGUUUAACAUAGGAAGAAUAGGCUAAAUACUUUUUGCAGCCUCACCAAUUAGAAAAUAUGUAUCCUUUAGUUCCAUAAUUUUUAGUUAUAAUAAAGGUAGAUAAAAUCAUGGAAGACAAGAUUAAACUAGACACAAUAAAGGAUAUUAACAUAAUAACGGUAAUAUUUAGGAAGAGGCAUUUUAUCAAAACAAAUAUCUAAUGAAUAAUUAAUAGAGACGAUAGCAAUAAAAUCCCUUCACAAAUUCAUAUAGAUAAGAAGAACAAAGCCACUUUCAAGGAUAACGAAGACAAGAUUAUUUGGACAAUGGAAGGAAUAAUGGUAGAUCAAGUUUCUAAAAAAAUCAAUAGCCUAGAUUUGGAAACCAAGACUCAGAUUACCAUAGACAUGAUUAGAAAUGGCAUGGUAAUUAACACGAAGACUAAGGGAGAUAUUAAGACAACAGAAGAGACCAUUAUAAUCAACAAAGAGGAGAUAAAAAUGACUUUUAGUAAAGAUAAGGCUUUUAAUAAUAAGGAUUUCCUCCACAAAAUAGAGACAUGUGGUAGAGAGAUUAAUAAUAAAACUCCAGAUCUUAAAAUUCUUAUUAAAACGAUUAUAACUAAAGAGGAGAACCUAACAAUUCUUCAAGAAAUUAAAUGAAUUACCCGAGAGAUUAGUAGAGUAAUUAACCAAGAAAGCAUUUUAUUGAUGAUAACAAUUAGAAUAACAGAAAUUAUAAUUAAGAAUAAAAAAACUAUUAAUAACCUUAUGAUUAAGUAAGAGGUUACAGAGGCGAAGGCUAAUCUGAUAAUUAAAGAUUUUAAAAUAAUAAUUAGAGAUAAUUCGAUAAUUAAGAUAAUAAUAAUCGUAACAGACAAGGAUUUCCUAGUAAUGAAUACAAUUAAUAAUAAGAGAAAAUAAAUCCUCCUGAUAAUUAUCGAGACAGAAAUUAGAAUUAACCUUAUCCAUAAAACACAAAUGAUAGGUUUUAUUAAGAUAGUAGAUAAGGAAAUCACAAUAUAUGGCAAUAGAGAAAUAUGCCAGAACCAUAAAAUAAUCAAAGAUUUUAGAAUGAAUCUAGUGAUUUUUAAAGAGAAAAUAAUACUAGAAAUUUUAAUAAACCUUAAGAUGAUAUCCAAUAAAUAAGGAAAGAUUCAUCGCAAUAACCAGGGUUAAAUACAUAACCAAAUUUUAACAACUAUAGACCUAAUGAUGAGCGAAUAUAGUCAAGAGACAAGGUCUAAGAUGGCCAAUCUAAUUAAGAUCCAAAGAUUUUGCCAUAAUCCCAAUAGGUAUAUCACUUAUAUAAUUUAUUAGGGAGAAUUAUAAAAUUCUUAAUAUCCUCCUCCUAAUCGAUUUAAUGAAAACUUCAAGUAGAAUUCGAAUAAUUAGAUGCCAUAACCAUACUUUGAGUAAAGAUAAUAAAAUUAAUAAUUUGCAUAAAGGCAAGAUCCGAAUAAUUUUGUCAAUGAAAGAUUCCAAAAUUAAUAACAAGGGUAAAUGAUAUCUCUAUAUUCAAGGGCUGAUAGACCACAUGAUCAAAAUUAAAGAACUCUCUUAGAUUAGAAAAUGGAUUAGAUGAUCAAUAAUCAAGGCUAUUAUGAUAAUAGACAAAGAUAAGGUCAAGACAAUUUUAGACCAUCACAACAAGACGUACAGAGUUUCAACAGGAAUGAACGAGUGUUGGAUUAAUAGGAUGAUAGCGAGAAUCAUAUAGAUUUUUCUAGAUAUUCUAGAUAAGUAGAUGACAAUAGAAGAAGGUUUGAACUUGAACAAAUCCCUAAGUAUUUUACACAAAUAUAUUAUCUAGAAAUAACUAACAAGAACUAAACAAUAGUAGGAAGAAUUCCGAUUCCUAAUAACCGAUAAUAUAGGAAUAAAACCAAGGAGAUUCUUAAAUUUAAUAUUGAAUAAUUUAAGAAUUAUAAUAAUUUAAUAUUGUGCCAAGUUUGUAUUAAUUAUAACGAA